AUGCAACUCGAAUACGUCGUUUCGCGUAUUGGCGGAAUCCGCAACUCUGAUCGACAGUUUCUUGUCGAUAAACCGUGGAUUUCUGAGAAGUGAGUUCAUCUGAAGUUCCGGAAAGAGUCUAAAGAUGAUGAGUUCCACUUCCAGAUCCCUAAAUUUCCCAAUAGAAAUCGAACUCCAUCUUCGCCAGAAAAGUGAAAUCGAAAAGAUUGAAAUUGUUGCCCACAAUAAAUUUAUCCGUAAGAAUCUCUGCCAAAACGUUCAUUGCCGUCAAUAAUUUCAGCCAAAAAGCUAUCGAUAUUCUCUGGAAAAGAAGACGACGCAUAUAUUGGGUUUCCUUCCUUUUGUGUUUUUCAUUCAACUUUCAUUCUUUUUCAGAGAAGUUCAGUUCAAAAGUCGAAAAAGUGAAGAUCAAAAAUAUGAGCUCAAAAAUAUUUUCCUCGAUGAAAUAUGCACAAAACUGAUAUUGAGUGUAUCCGAAGCGCACGUGGACGUCGUCAAUAAUCUGGAUUCUCAAGUAGGAUCAAAUUAAGGAAAUGGUAGGCAAACGUGCUUUCAGGUCGGACUGGUCGACGUGAGAUUGUACGGAAAAUAUCUGCCGACGGAUGAAGAGCCCGGCGUCGAUCCGGGAGAAUUCAAAUCGGGAGAGGCAGCCAGAAAUGUGAUUCCAGAUCAUAAAUAUUCGAAAGAACUGCAGGCAAUGAUAGAGGCGAUUGAGAAGAACAAGCACACUGCCGUGGCGGUGAGAGCUGGAGAAUCAGAAGAGUUUUUGAAGAGAUCGUUUCAGAACGAAGACUUCAAAUUGGCCAAAUCAGCUCAGUUGGCCGUGCGCCAACUGAAAAAGUCCACGAAAGAAAUGGAAGAAUUGGAAAACGAUAAGAAUGAAGCAGUGGAAGAGGAAGACUUCCAGAGAGCGAAUGACCUGCAGGGCGAGUUAUUCUCGUGAAGUCGUGAAGAUUUUGAAGAGUUUCAGAUGAAAUAACAGCCUUGAGAUCGAACAUUUUAGCUUCAAUUGAGCCUAAACUGCUGGAGAAUACAAUGGUGGGUCGUCCAGCUUGCUCUUUCAGUGAUUUCUGUUUCAGCCACGGAACGAAGAGAUUCACCGUCCGAAGAAUCUGUUCCCAGAGAACAAAGAACCGCCUUCGAAGCCAAAACUCUAUCAGCCAGUCGGUCGGUUGACUCUGCUCUUUUCCUUCCACAAAGCACACCUCCUCCAGACCUCUCCCCCACCGAGAUCCCCGCCGAUCCCUCGCAGACCGCCCUGCUCCCGCCCCGUCCUCCGUCCACUUCUUCUCGUCGGACUGCCACUCCAAAAAGACCUUCCACAAACGAUUCGGCUACUUCGAGACGGAGCACUCCCGCUUGGGAAGUGCCCGUCCGACCGAUCACCACCGAUUCGCAGGCAUCGAGGAAGAGAACGCCUUCGCCCGCGGUCAAAGGGAACUCGGCGUCUUCCGCCAGAAGUGAGUGAAAGAUGAGAAGUACGUUGAAAUGGGGACAGUUCAGGAAGGAGCAGCAGCACUGGAAUCGGAACGAACAAGUUCUUGGAGAAGGAAAACAUGAUUGUGCCGGCCGCGCUCAACCGAAAACGGUCUUCGUCUGUCAACUUCGAGGCCGCGGAAGCAGCUGAUCGGAUGUCGACGGAUGACGUCACCGAGGAGCAAGUGCUCGCGAUGAUUCCGCCCGAUCAAAGGGGAAAUGUUCGAUCAGCGAUUUCUAUUUUCGGACUGGAGACAGUAAGCACUCCCGAAUUCACGUGUUUUACAUUAAUUUUCACUUCCAGAUUGCCAAAAUUUAUUCGAAACACUUUGAGAAUCGGAAGGAAGGAAUAAGUGAAAUCAGUGAGAAAGUGGACGAAUUGAGCGGAGAAAAGACGUCGCAGUCCUUCGAAAGCAUCAAUUGCCUGCUUGCUCACUUGCUCAAAGAGCCCCUCUUCAACGUUUACAAAGACGUUUUACUCCUCUGGCAUCACUUUUGCACAUCCCGUUUGCCUACUUUGAAACUCGAGAAGUACAUUAAGAGGGUCGCUUCCGAGUCGAGUGAGGUUCUCGCAAGUCGCGUCCUUUCAAGUGUACGGUCAUCCAAGUACUCUUCCAGAAUAAUCCCCCACUUUUCAGGAGAAACGGCUCGUCAAUGAGACGCUCGUCACUUUCAGAGAUGCUGCAAAACUGCCGUUCAUUGCAAAGGCCUACGCGACGAAAUUGUUGAAUUCGAACUCGAAAAACCUGAAAGGAAGGGCGAUUCUUGUGGAAAUCAUCGCCAAAUUGUACGGGGUUCCACACGAAUCCACGUGAGUUUCGCAUUUUUUAUGGCAUGGAAACGCGAGUGAUUCAGAGGAAUGGACGACCGAAUGGUGGCCGGAUUCGCGACGAAAUGCAUUCGAACGUCGGAUCAGCAAGUGAGAACGAUCGGAAAAGAUUUGAUGGUGAAGAUGUACAAAAGCGGAUCCGCGCAGGUAUUCUGAAUUCAUCCCAUUAACUUGUUCAUCGAUUUCAAUCCUAUUCAGAUCGUUCGAAAAGAAUUGGACAAAUUCGCAUCGUCCGAUUCGAAUAAUCCGACUUAUCAGAAGAUUGUGCGCGAGAUUUACAACUUUGACGGAAGCAGGCCGAAGAACGAAAAGAAGAAGAAGAUCUCGUUUCUGUUGUAA